GCCCUUCUUCUGCAUCUGUUUUUUUCUCUUCAAAGAUUACAUGUAUUAUAUGUGAUGAUUGUAAAAUAACUAUCUUUAUCCUUCAAUUCCUAAUUUGUUUCCAGUACUUUUUGGUAUUUAUUUGAUUUUAUGAUUUUUGAAUGCAUUGUUGUAGGAUUUUAUUCUUGCAUGUUACUAAUUUGGUUUGAUUUACUCAUGGUUGUUCGAAAAUUGAUUUUCCCAUUUUUAUUCUUCUCACUUUUCUCUUUUUCUCUUUGCAAGUUCACGUUUUUUGUAGUUACAAUCUGUUGGUUAUUUUAUUUCUAGUUCUUUUAUCGUGUAUUUUCUUCUUUUUGAGUAGUUUAUGGUAGAAUUUCGCACUUUCAUGUUCCUAAUUUCGUGUUAUAUAAUGAUGUAUGUUUUGAAAAUGUAUAUGUACUAGACCGUGUGAUGUAGUACUGUAGUGCAUCUGGAGCUUUUUUGUGGGUUUUCGUUCUUUUAGAAUUUGUCAAUUUUUUUCUAUUUGUGCAAAGUUUGAGCUCGCUAUAUUUGGAGUUAUUUUUAUUUUGAAUUUUUAAUUUGACUUGAGAGUUGUAUUGUGAAUGACUUAGGAAAAUAACAAAGAGAGCCUAUAUGUGGAGCAAUGACAACUCGAAAGUGAUUUCGGAGAAAGAACAAACCAUAUGGCAAGAUGUAAGCACAAGGGUGGACAAGCAGAUGGGAAAAAACAUCAUGUUCUCGGGGUCACUAGAAACCUUGUGGAUGCUUCAACUGAUUCCACAUUCAGAUCAUAACCACUACAUAUCUAUUUUCUCACUCAUUGGUGAAAAAUCUAAAUCUGUCACUAUAUGCAAUAGACCACUCAUUCCAGGCAUGUUUGAUAGAAGCAAGUUGAGAAUUGAACCGUAUUUGGUGGAUGUUUCUUCAACUGGACAUUUAAAUCAGGGCUCGACCCUAAACCCUUUCCUGGGUACAUGUAUAGGCUGCCAGAGUUGAACUAGGAAGCAACCGUAGUGGCAAUGUGACAUUUUCUACUUUACCCGCUGUUGGAGUCGAUUUGUAAGUCAAAUUUUAUGGAUGUUUAGAAAGAACUUGUUGAUAAUGUCAUUUGUUCAGUUCACAGUGCUGGUUUGAUAUUUGAGAUCUGUUUAUGUUGUAAAUGUGCAGAGUCUAAUCUUUUGAUUGUAAAAAAAAAGUGAUUAUAAUCUUAGGCUAUGAAAUUUAUACAUCACUUCUCUUGCGGUUAGUGUUUGUUUUUUAAUGCUAAAAUUUCCUCUUUAUUCAUGUUUUUUCUUUGUGGA